CAGGCAGUAAACGCGAUGAUCGACUGGCUUCGAAAGCAUGAGGACAACCCCUACCCAAACGACGACGAGAAGGAGUCCCUCAUCAACCAGACGAAACUGACCAUCAACCAGAUCAACUACUGGUUCACUAACGCUCGCCGGAGAAUUCUU